CCAUCCCCGGCCGGCAGCACCAAGCCUUUUGUGCACGCCGUGCCCCCCUCUGAUCCCCUGCGCCAGGCCAACCGCCUGCCCAUCAAGGUGCUGAAGAUGCUGACGGCCCGAACUGGCCACAUUUUGCACCCCGAGUACCUGCAGCCGCUGCCUUCCACGCCCGUCAGCCCCAUCGAGCUAGAUGCCAAGAAGAGCCCGCUGGCGCUGUUGGCGCAAACAUGUUCGCAGAUCGGGAAGCCCGACCCCUCGCCCUCCUCCAAACUCUCCUCGGUCGCCUCCAACGGGGGCGGCGCGGGUGGUGCCGGCGGCGGCGCCGGGGGCGACAAGGACACCAAGUCAGGCCCCCUCAAGCUGAGCGACAUCGGCGUGGAGGACAAGUCGAGUUUCAAGCCGUACUCCAAACCCGGCUCGGAUAAGAAGGAGCCAGGAGGAGGCGGCGGCGGCGGCGGGGGCGGCGGCGGGGGUGUUUCCGCCGAGAAGUCGGGAUUCCGGGUACCGAGCGCCACCUGCCAGCCAUUCACGCCCAGGACAGGCAGCCCGAGCUCCAGCGCCUCGGCCUGCUCGCCGGGAGGCAUGCUGCCCUCGGCCGGGAGCGGCCCUGAGGGCAAGGACGACAAGAAAGACACCGACGCCGGCGGCGGCAGCGGUGGCAAGGGUGCCGGGGGCGCCUCGGCGGAAGGGGGACCCACAGGACUGGCACACGGCCGGAUUAGCUGCGGCGGUGGGAUUAAUGUGGACGUGAACCAGCACCCGGAUGGGGGUCCGGGGGGCAAGGCUUUAGGCUCAGAAUGUGGUGGCUCAUCCGGCUCCAGCUCUGGCUCUGGCCCCAGCGCUCCCACCUCGUCCUCCGUGCUGGGCUCUGGGCUGGUAGCACCCGUGUCGCCCUACAAGCCGGGCCAGACAGUGUUCCCUCUGCCUCCGGCGGGUAUGACCUACCCAGGCAGCCUGGCCGGGGCCUACGCCGGCUACCCCCCCCCGGUCCCGCCCCACCCCCCACCACCCUCCCUGGCCGGCCAUCCCCUGUACCCCUACGGCUUCAUGCUCCCUAACGACCCGCUCCCCCACAUCUGCAACUGGGUGUCGGCCAACGGGCCGUGCGACAAGCGCUUUGCCACGUCUGAAGAGCUGCUGAGCCACUUGCGGACCCAUACGGCUUUCCCCGGGACAGACAAACUGCUGUCGGGCUACCCCAGCUCGUCGUCUCUGGCCAGUGCCGCAGCGGCCGCCAUGGCUUGCCACAUGCACAUCCCUACGUCGGGCGCGCCAGGCAGCCCCGGGACGCUGGCGCUGCGCAGUCCCCACCAUGCGCUGGGACUCAGCAGCCGCUACCACCCCUAUUCCAAGAGCCCACUCCCUACACCCGGUGCUCCAGUGCCGGUGCCCGCCGCCACCGGACCCUACUAUUCCCCCUAUGCCCUCUACGGACAGAGACUGACCACCGCCUCAGCGCUGGGGUACCAGUGAGGGCAGCCAGGAGGGCUAGCGAGGGAGACACAGGAGCUGGGGGGAGGGGAGGAGCCCCGGGAGGGGCGGGAUCACGGUCGAGAUGGUUGACACUCGCGCGUGGGGGCAGACAGACCCGGGCCACGAAAGGAAAUAAGUAUAUACCAUAUCUAUCUACCCAAGAACAGCGACCAACACCCGGUGGGAAACUCCCCUUUUCCUCCUCUUACCUCCCCACCCAAACUUUAUAAAAGUUGGAUAAAAAAAAAAAAAAACAUUUGACUUUUUAUAGAAAAAGAAGAAAAAUAAUUGAGAAAGUGUUCAUUUAAGGACUUCAUCGGUGGACACUGGUAUUUAUUUAUGUUAGCUCCAAGCGGACCCGUGGUUCAAAAGUGCAUUAUUUAGUUUGAGCUCCGUAGGUAAAAAGGAGGAGGGGGAAAAUUUUAACUUGAGGGUAAAAAUGUGGAAAACAAACCCUCCCAUCCCUUGUAGAUUAUAAAUAAAAACCAAACCGCCACAGAACUAGAGGUCUUCUCUUUAAUGUUACUUUUAAAUUGCUAUGAUUGUAUUGUACGUUCUUAUUUAAUGUCUGAUUGAAACAAAUUUACAUGCAUGUUUGUUACAAAAAAAAUGAAAAAAAGAAACAAAACAA